GUGACCGUGUCUCCCGGAUGGUGCAGAGUGGCGGCUGCUCGGCCAGUGACUCUCGGGAGGUUUUUAAGAAGCACAUAGAGAAGCGAGUGCGCAGCCUGCCUGAGAUCGAUGGCCUGAGCAAAGAGACCGUGCUGAGUUCCUGGAUAGCCAAGUUUGACACAAUCUACAGAGGUGAAGAGGACCCCAGGAAGCACCAGCAGAGAAUGACAGCCAGUGCCGCCUCCGAGCUCAUCCUCAGCAAGGACCAGCUGUACGAGAUGUUCCAGCAGAUCCUGGGUGUCAAGAAGUUUGAGCACCAGCUCCUCUAUAACGCCUGCCAGCUGGACAACCCUGAUGAGCAGGCAGCCCAGAUCAGAAGAGAGCUGGAUGGGCGACUGCAAAUGGCAGACCAGAUUGCUCGGUAUGGUGGAAGGUUUCCCAGGUUUGCAUCCAGAGAGAUGGAGGCCAUGUACAUUGAGGAACUGCGAUCCUCUGUAAACCUGCUGAUGGCCAACCUGGAAAGCAUGCCAGUGUCCAAGGGAGGAGAGUUCAAGCUGCAGAAGCUGAAACGAGGCCACAAUGCCUCCAUCAUGGACAUGGGCCAGGAGGAUGAGAACACGCUGUCCAAAUCUGACGUGGUGCUGUCCUUCACCCUGGAGGUGGUGAUCAUGGAGGUCCAGGGUUUGAAGUCGUUGGCUCCAAACAGGAUUGUUUACUGUACCAUGGAGGUUGAGGGAGGACACAAACUGCAGACGGACCAGGCUGAGGCCUCAAAACCCACUUGGGGUACCCAGGGUGACUUCACCACCACCCAGCCGUUACCUGCUGUGAAGGUAAAGCUGUUUACUGAGAGCACAGGAGUGUUGGCUCUGGAAGAUAAAGAGCUGGGGAAGGUUGUGCUCCACCCGACUCCCAACAGUCCCAAGCAGUCUGAGCUUCACAAGAUGACAGUGUCUAAAGGCUGUCCAGACAAUGACCUCAAGAUCAAACUGGCUAUUCGCAUGGACAAACCACAGAACAUGAAGCAUUGUGGGUACCUAUGGGCCAUUGGCAAAAACGUGUGGAAAAGAUGGAAGAAAAGAUUCUUUGUGCUGGUUCAGGUGAGUCAGUACACCUUUGCCAUGUGCAGCUACAGAGAGAAGAAGGCAGAGCCUGUAGAGCUUCUCCAACUGGAUGGCUACACCGUGGACUACACCGACCCUCAACCAGGUCUAGAUGGCGGUCGGACGUUCUUCAACGCUGUGAAAGAGGGCGACACUGUGAUCUUUGCCAGUGAUGAUGAGCAGGAUCGGAUCCUAUGGGUCCAAGCCAUGUACCGAGCUACCGGCCAGUCCCACAAGCCAGUUCCUCCCACCCAGGUCCAGAAACUCAACUCGAGGGGGAGCACGGCGCCACAGCUUGAUGCACCCAUCUCUCAGUUCUAUGCUGAUCGAGCCCAGAAACACGGCAUGGAUGAGUUUAUUUCAGCCAACCCCUGUAACUUCGACCACGGCUCACUGUUUGAGCUGGUGCAGCGCCUUACUCUAGACCACAGACUCAAUGACUCCUACUCCUGCCUGGGCUGGUUCAGUCCCGGUCAGGUGUUUGUCUUAGAUGAGUAUUGCGCUCGCUACGGCGUUCGAGGCUGCCAUCGGCAUUUAUGUUACCUGAGUGAUCUGCUGGAGAGGGCCGAGAACGGAGCUAUGAUCGACCCCACCCUGCUGCACUACAGCUACGCCUUCUGUGCCUCCCACGUCCAUGGAAACAGGCCUGAUGGUAUUGGCACAGUUACUGUAGAAGAGAAAGAGCGCUUUGAGGAGAUCAAGGAGAGGCUACGGGUACUUCUGGAAAACCAGAUUACACACUUCAGGUACUGCUUUCCAUUUGGACGGCCAGAGGGAGCACUGAAAGCAACUCUGUCCUUGCUGGAAAGAGUUCUGAUGAAAGAUAUUGUUACUCCGGUUCCACAAGAAGAAGUCAAAGCUGUGAUCCGUAAGUGUCUGGAGCAGGCAGCUCUGGUCAACUACCAACGCCUGUCAGAAUACGCCAAACUUGAAGAGAAUGUAGGGCGGUUAGUCACCCCUGCCAAAAAACUGGAGGACACUAUUCGCCUGGCCGAGCUGGUGAUUGAGGUGCUCCAGCAGAAUGAGGAACACCAUGCUGAGGCCUUCGCGUGGUGGUCAGACCUGAUGGUGGAGCAUGCCGAGACCUUCCUGUGUCUCUACUCGGCCGACAUGGACGCAGCUCUCGAAGUUCAGCCGCCAGACAGCUGGGACAGCUUUCCCCUCUUCCAGCUGCUCAAUGACUUCCUGAGAAUGGACUAUAACCUGUGCAAUGGGAAGUUCCAUAAACACCUGCAGGACCUGUAUGCCCCCUUGGUGGUGCGAUAUGUGGACCUGAUGGAGUCCUCCAUUGCUCAGUCCAUUCACAGAGGCUUUGAAAGGGAAUCCUGGGAACCUGUCAAGAGUAUAACAAGCACUCUGCCUAACGUCAACCUCCAAAUGCCCAAAGUACCAAAUUUAACAGUGCCAAGUGUUAACGUCCCACAAUUGCCAGGCUUUUCAACACCCAACUGGAUGACAGCUUAUUAUGAGUCCACUAAUGGCUCAGGGACGUCAGAGGAUCUCUUCUGGAAGCUGGAUGCUCUGCAGACCUUCAUCAGAGAUCUCCACUGGCCAGAGGAGGAGUUUGGCAAACACCUCGAGACCCGGCUGAAGCUGAUGUCCAGUGACAUGAUUGAAUCCUGUGUAAAACGGACACGGACAGCGUUCGAGGCCAAGCUUCAGAAGAGCAGCCGGGCCACAGACUUUCGCGUGCCGCAGUCCAUCUGCACCAUGUUCAACGUCAUGGUGGAUGCCAAAGCCCAGUCAGCCAAGCUGUGUGCCAUGGACCUGGGGCAGGAGAGACAAUACCAUUCCCAAAUUGACAAUCUAAUUGAAGAGACGGUGAAGGAGAUGAUUACUCUGCUGGUAGCUAAGUUUGUGGUCAUUCUAGAGAGUGUGUUAGCGAAGCUCUCCAGAUAUGACGAGGGAACACUCUUCUCUUCCUUCCUAUCUUUCACAGUGAAAGCUGCCUCAAAGUACGUGGAUGUACCUAAGCCAGGGAUGGAUGUGGCUGACGGUUAUGUGACAUUUGUUCGCCAUUCCCAGGACAUGCUGCGGGAGAAGGUCAAUGAAGAGGUGUACAUAGAGAGAUUAUUUGAUCAAUGGUACACCAGCACUAUGAACCUUGUAGGAACAUGGCUGACUGACCGGAUGGACCUGCAGCUCCAUCUUUAUCAGCUGAAGAUUCUCAUCAGGAUUGUCAAGAAAAAGUACCGUGACUUCCGCCUUCAAGGAGUGCUGGACUCCACAUUAAACAGUAAGAUGUAUGAAACCGUGAGAAAUCGACUGACUUUGGAAGAAGCCACUGCCUCAGUGAGGGAAGGAGGGAUGCAAGGCAUUUCCAUGAAGGACAGCGAUGAAGAGGACGAUAACUAGAAAAGGGCCUGAAAACUACAAUGUCAAAGCUUUUCAGAGGGUGAGCAGUAUACUGCCUGAGAACCCAUGCAGCCUUUCCAUGAGGUCAAAAAAGAUUGAUUGAUUGAACAACCAACAUGUUCCCUCUGUUAUUUGCUUAGUCAGUUUUUCAUUCCUGUAAUAGGUCCACUUCUCUGUCUGAAUUAAAUUAAAUAAGAUAUAUUAAAAAAUUCACAACAGCCAAGUACUUUAGGUUAAUACAUUAAAUUAAUUAAUGGUUGAUUUCUCCUGAAAUGUGAGCAAAUGAAUGUCAGAAUAUUCAAGAGGCCAAAAUAUGACAGGAGUAUGAGACAAGCACAAAUGUGACAACAAAUACUCACCAUUCAAAGCGGCCUUAUAAAUAAGAUGAAAAAGAAAGGCAGGUAAUUGCAUCUAUACGGUGUUCAUCUUUUGAAGGCAUUAAAAAUAUUAUGUUGUACCUUCAUGUUGUGCAACCAAAAAUGUCUGCAGUCUUUGUACGGAAGCUUUCCUGUUGCUUGUUGCUAAGAUUUGUCUUUCACAUUUUGAAAAGUACAUAUAGUAUAGAGCACUCUCUUUACUUUAGGCUGUUCUGCUGGAAAAUAACUUAUGAAACACUCAAGUGAAAUAGACAAAUUGGGGAGCACUUUACAUUACAGCUCGGUAAUAACAUGGUAAUAGUUUGAUUGUAUAGUUUGAUAAUAAAGAGGUAAUAAUUAAAUAAUACUAUGUAAUUACAAGGUAAUAACCAGAUAAUAGCUUGGUAUUGAAAAUGAGUAUAUCUCAGUAACAUUUGUUACGCACAUUCCAACACUGACCAAACACACCACAACAAAACACCUUUUAAGCAGCCAAAUCCAUGGGAUUUAUUAACAUAAACAGACAUACAAAACAACCAAGACAAUCAAUCAAAAACAAAAGUCAAAACACAAUUUCCCGGGCUGAGAGGCAGCAAAACCAGUAGUCUCCUUUCCUGAAGCCCCUGCCUUCUUUUUCUGGCACAUGAGCUUUUAAGCAUCCCAUUCCCAGGCCAGGUGCACCUCAUUAAUCAGUGAGAUGUAGCACGCCCAGGGCAGCACUAGACAAGGAAAAGGGACAAACAGCACAGGGAAUACAUACAGCUGUAAUAUAUUAGACUUAAAUUUAUGUUCAAUUUCAAAUCACUUUUAUUUAUAUAGCACCAGUUCACAACAACAGUUAUUUUUGUGCUUAUAUUUCUAUAUGUAACAGGGUAAUAAGGAGCCAAACUAAGGGGCAAUAGGGAAUUUAAUUAUAGCAACAAGGCAAAAAUAUUUAGUAAUAAGAUUUGUUAAUAAUAUGGUAACCUUCUAACAGUAAAAAGGUUCUAUCAGUACAAUAUUUGGAUUAAAAGAAUGGUGACAUUAAUUGGGUAAUUACUUGAUAAUAAUGAGUUUUCACAACAUCAGCCUAAAUUACCUCAUUAUUUUCUGGUUAUUACCCCAUUAAUGUCACCAUAUUACCAUUUUUAAGGUUAUCUAAUAAACAUUUUAUUGUUAGAAGGUAACCAUAUUGUUACCAAAAUAUGACAAUAAUGUUAGGGAAUACUUGCCUCGUUACAGUCUUUAAAUGUAUUUUUUAUAUACAGUCUAUGGUAUUUCCCCAUUACUACCAUUUAUUCUUGGCCCCUUAUUACAUAAAUUUCAGUCUAAUUUUACUCAGAUAUAGCCAUUGUUAAUACCUAUUACCUGGUUAUUACUUUGGUAAUUAGAUGAUAUUUCUAAUUACCGCUUUAUUAAACUAUUACCCCACUAUUACCAUGUUAUCAUUUAUAAGAUAUUUCCAAAAUUACUUGUGAAUGUUCUCAAAAAAUAUGAAUGAACAUUUUGUUCCUAAGUUUAUGAACAACACUGCAAAUUUCUUUCUGUUAUGCUGACAAAAUGUGCAGUGAGUGCAGCUAGUGUAUGUUGCAUUAUUGUAAAUGCUGUGAAAAUGGUCUCACAUUACUUUUUUUGUAAUGAAUCUGCAUAAUGUCCCAACCAUAAAAUCUUAACAAAAUGUUUAAAAAGAUGUGCUGUGAUAUGAUGUAACAGUAACAGUUUUUGUUUUUCUCUGCCAGCUUUUCAGAACAUGCCCGGUCGCAACUGUCUUACAGCAAAUGUAAUCCAAGGCAUUGUCAGCAGUAAAGUUGAUGGGUGCAAACAUUUAAUAAAAUAGUGACGAAAAUUGAGAACAUCA